ACGAGCGCCGAGCGAUAGUAGUGUCGCAUCAGGUAUUGCCGCGCAAGCUGCCGACCGCAGCGAGACAGGCAUGGGGACUUUUUGGACCAUCGUUUUUUGCGUCAUCACCGUGAUCGCUGUGGUGCACGCCAAGCCAACGAUUUACAAAAAGAACCAAGAUAAUGUAUUCGAGCCAGUAAUGGUACCCGUUUCAUCCACGGUAAUUCCAUUGCCUGUGUACAAAGUGGGAUAUGGCUUAGGUUUCGUAUCGAAAGAUAAGAAGGCCCAAUUAUCGUCAUUCAAACCAGAAGGUGGCAUAAAAUUGAUUACAAUUAGCAAAGUACAAGAAAAGAAGAUCUAAUAUAAAUAUUCUAAAUUAUGUCAAGUAAUAUUUGUUGAAUCGUAUCUUCAAAGAACGUUGGAAAUCUGUGCGUUUUGUUAUUAAUCGCAUCUACUUAUGCACCUGUUACUGUUAAGUUAUCUAAUUAAGCUUUAUACACCAAAAAAAUGGACCUCCAUAAAUGUUAAUCUUUAAUUAUUUUAUCAUCAAAAAUAUGUAUUAUCUCUAAGAUAUUAAAUCAAAGCUAAGCAGUUACAUAUUGUA